AUGGUAAUUUUAGCAUUAAUUGAAAAUGCUGGGAAGGAAAGGAACCAAUAUUUGCUAAUGGAAAACAAGGAGAAGAAUCUUGAUUUUUUUGAACGCACCAUUCUGUGCAACAGCCUUGUAUGGAGCUGUGCUGUCACAGGGAAACCAGGACUCACGUAUCAGGAAGCACUGGAAUCGGAGAAGAAAGCCAGGCACAAUCUACAGAGUUUUCCAGAGGCGCUCAUCAUUCCAGUUCUCUACUUGGCCACCCUUACCCAUCGCCCACGRCUUCAUGAGAUCUGUGAUGAAAUCUUUGCUUAUGUCAAGGAUCGGUAUUUUGUUGGUGAAACAGUGGAAGUAAUUAGGAGUAAUGGUGCAAGGUUGCCGUGUAAGGUUGUGGAAGUCAUCGCUCCCGCGCAUCACAACGGAAUGGCCAACGGCCACGUCGGCGGCGCCGAUGGAGACACGAUUGUCAUCAGCGAUAGCGAUGAUUCAGAAACUCACAAUAGCUCUGCACAAAAUGGGAAGAAGAAAGCCAUAAUUGAUCCCUCUUUGUUCAAAUAUAAAGUCCAGCCUAUUAAAAAAGAACUGUAUGAAUCUGUUAUUGUUAAAGCAUCUCAGUUAAGCCGGAGGAAACAUCUCUUUUCUCGUGAYAGACUUAAACUUUUCCUGAAACAGCACUGUGAAGCACAUGAUGGAGUCAUUAAAACGAAGGCUGCAUCAAUUGCAAAGUACAGUCUAGCAGAACAAAAUUUCUCGUACUUCUUUCCCGAUGACCCACCGACAUUCAUCUUCAGUCCUGCAAGCAGAAGGCGAGGGAGGCCUCCAAAGAGGGCCUCUCUUAGUCAGGAGGACAAGGUUACUGCUAAACAAAACAUCCCAGGAAACAGAAGUAAAGGAGCCAAGGAAAAGACGAGAUUCCAGAGGCAGAAAGAAGAAAUGCAGGCCAUGGCUUUUGAAAAAGCUAAAUUAAAACGAGAGAAGGCAAAUGCUAUAGAAGCCAGGAGAAAGGAGAAAGAAGAUAAGGAAAAAAAGAGGGAAGAAUUAAAGAAGAUUGUGGAAGAAGAAAGGAUGAAGAAGAAAGAAGAGAAAGAGAGGCUUAAAAUAGAAAAGGAAAAAGAAAGAGAGAAGCUGCGAGAAGAAAAAAGAAGAUACGUGGAAUACCUAAAGCAGUGGAGUAAACCUAGGGAAGAUAUGGAGUGUGAUGAUCUUAAGGAACUUCCAGUGCCAAUGCCAGUGAAGACCAGGCUUCCUCCUGAGAUCUUUGGUGAUGCUCUGAUGGUUUUGGAGUUUCUGUAUGCUUUCGGGGAACUCUUUGAUCUUCAAGAUGAGUUUCCUGAAGGAGUAACUUUAGAAGUUUUAGAGGAAGCUCUUGUAGGAAAUGACACUGAAGGCCCACUGUGUGAAUUGCUGUUUUUCUUCCUGACUGCCAUCUUUCAGGCAAUGGCCGAAGAGGAAGAGGAAGUGGCCAAAGAUCAAAUAGCUGACGCUGAGACCAAAGAUUUAACAGAGGCUUUGGAUGAAGAUGCAGACCCCACAAAAUCUGCACUGUCUGCAGUUGCAACUUUGGCAGCUGCAUGGCCCCAGUUACAUCAGGGCUGCAAUUUGAAAAACUUGGAUCUUGAUAGCUGCACUCUUUCUGAGAUUCUCAGACUUCACAUUCUAGCGUCAGGCGCUGAUGUAACAUCAGCUAAUGCAAAAUACCGUUACCAGAAACGAGGCGGGUUUGAUGCCACUGACGAUGCUUGCAUGGAGCUGAGAUUAAGUAAUCCUGGCCUCUUGAAGAAGCUUUCAAGUACCUCAGUGUAUGAUUUGUUGCCAGGAGAAAAGAUGAAGAUCCUGCAUGCCCUGUGUGGGAAGCUUCUGACACUCGUCUCCACUCGAGAUUUCAUUGAGGACUCCGUGGAUGUGUUACGGCAGGCGAAGCAGGAGUUCAGAGAGUUAAAGGCCGAACAGCAUCGCAAGGAGCGAGAAGCAGCGGCUGCAAGGAUACGUAAGAGGAAGGAAGAAAGGUUAAAAGAACAAGAACUGAAAAUGAAAGAGAAACAAGAAAAGCUGAAGGAAGAGGAGCAAAGAAAUCCUGCUGCAGAAGUACCUGUUGGGGAGGAGGAACGGGAGGACCUUGAUACCAGUACAGAGAGCAAAGAAGUUGAACGUAAAGAGCAAGAYAUGGACACAGUAACAGAGGAUGAAGAGGAGUUGGGACCAAACAAAAAAGGCAGAAGAGGAAGGAGAGGGCAAAAUGGAUAUAAAGAAUUUACAAGGCAAGAGGAGAGCGUUUCCGAAAAGAGCGAGCCUCUUACCGCUGAAGAGGAAGCAGCUUUAAAACAGGAGCAACAGAGGAAAGAGAAGGAUCUCCUGGAGAAGAUCCAGAAYGCGACAGCCUGCACCAACAUCACCCCUCUGGGCCGUGACCGCUUGUACCGACGCUACUGGAUUUUCCCCUCCGUUCCUGGCUUGUUUAUAGAAGAGGAUUUUUCUGGUCUCACCGAAGACAUGUUGUUGCCUCGAACCUCUUCCUUUCAGAGUAAUGUACAGUCUUGCACAAGUGAACCUCAGGUAUUCAGUAAAACUGGAGAGUCUUUGAAAUCCUCUGAAUCUACCUCCACUAUUGACCAAGAUUCACACACCAGUGUUGUUGUAGAGGUGCCAAGGCCAGUAUAUAAACCAAACCGGUGGUGCUUUUACAGUUCUCGGGAACAACUGGACCAGCUCCUCGAGGCUCUCAAUUCCCGAGGACACAGGGAGAGUGCCUUAAAAGAAACUCUUUUACAAGAGAAAAGUAGAAUAUAUGAACAACUAAGCUGUUUUCCUGUGGAAAAAUUCCAUAUUCCAGACAAACCUCAAAGUGACAUUAGACCUCCUUCAGGACGGGGAAGAAUGCCGAAUGCCCUCGAUGGACCUCAAAAAUCUGCAGAAAAGCAGCUUGAAUUGAGACUUAGAGACUUCCUUUUGGACAUUGAAGACAGGAUCUACCAAGGAACGUUGGGGGCUAUUAAGGUUACAGACAGACAGUCUUGGAGAGCAGCCUUGGAACAUGGGCGGUAUGAGUUUCUCAAUGAUGAAAACAAGGAAAAUGGUAUAAUUAAAACUGUGAAUGAAGAAUCUGAUGAAAUGGAAACUGAUGAUCAAGAUAAAUUUAUUGUGAAAGACAGACUUGUUGGAAUAAAAACUGAAGCUCCAAGUGCUGCAUCCACAAGUACCAGUACUCCUCAGGCCGUUAAUAAUGUGGUCCACUGCUUGGCAUCUGCACUGCUUCAGAUAGAGCAAGGAAUCGAGCGCAGGUUUCUCAAAGCACCCCUUGGUAAUGCAGAAGAUAAUAGAAGGAAGCAAAGGGGGGAUAAAAAGAGGAAGAGAGAGGAAGACCAGACUAGUCAGAAAGAUGAUGCCAGUGAUGGUGGACGAUCCUAUAAAACAGUUCUAGAUCGCUGGAGAGAGUCGCUCCUUUCUUCUACCAGUUUGUCCCAAGUCUUCCUUCAUCUCUCCACGCUGGACCGGAGCGUCAUCUGGUCCAAGUCCAUUCUCAACGCGCGCUGCAAAGUGUGUCGGAAGAAGGGCGACGCGGAGAGCAUGGUGCUGUGUGACGGCUGCGAUCGCGGCUAUCACACCUACUGCAUCAGGCCCAAGCUCAAGGCYGUUCCUGAGGGAGACUGGUUUUGUCCGGAGUGCCGACCGAAGCAGCGCUCCCGACGCCUCUCCUCCAGACAGAGACCUUCCCUGGAAAGCGACGAGGAGGCGGCUGAGCGGAUAGAGGAGGGGGAAGAGGAUGCCAACUAUGAUGAGAUGGGACAAAGUGAGGAGGAGGACUAUGAAGAUGAGCAAGAUGAGGAGGAUGAAUCUCAAGAGGAAGAGGAAAUAAGCCCGUCGAAGCAAGGCAGACCCCACGUGAAGCUUCCCCUGAAGAUGAGAGCAGCGAAGCUCAACAACCCCUUCUCGAGCCGGAGCUGCCCGCGGCCGGCACGGUGCGCGGCGCGCGCCCAGCCGAGCACCCCCCGGCAGCCCACGCCCGCCCCCAGGGCCACCAGAAGGGGCCUCAGGAAGGUGAAGUCGGCGCCGCCGUCGGGCACGAAGCCCACGCUGAGGCUGCACAGCCGAACCACGCGCCAGAGCCAGGGCGCCCUGCAGGCCGGCGUGUUCGUGGAGCUGCUCAGCCCGCGCCGGCGCCGCAGGGGCAGGAAGAGCGGCGAUAACGCGGCCGAGGAUGGGCCUUCCAGUUCCCUUGGCUUUAGAGUGGUCGAGGCGCCAGACUCCAGCGAACGGGUUAGGAAGUAUCCGGUUUCUGCUUCAAAACUUUCUCUUCCUGUUAGCGAACCCAAGAGAAGAGGCAGGAAACGACAAUCCACAGAGUCAUCUCCUCAAACCUCGUUGAGCAGGAGAAGUUCCGGACGUCAGGGUGGGGUUCACGAGCUCUCGGCUUUUGAGCAGCUGGUGGUGGAGCUGGUACGACAUGAUGACAGCUGGCCUUUCAUGAAGCUGGUUUCCAAAAUCCAGGUACCAGACUACUAUGAUAUCAUCAAGAAACCUAUUGCCUUAAAUAUAAUCCGUGAAAAAGUGAAYAAAUGUGAAUACAAAUUAGCAUCGGAGUUCAUCGAAGACAUUGAGCUGAUGUUUUCCAACUGCUUUGAGUACAACCCUCGGAACACGAGCGAGGCCAAAGCCGGGACGCGCCUGCAGGCUUUCUUCCACAUCCAGGCUCAGAAGCUGGGCCUGCCCGUGGCGGCCGGCGCCGGGGACCACGCCGCUCCGCCCGCCAAGAAGUCCCGCAUCUAACCUCUGCCUUCCCGAGGGUGCUCGGAGGGAACCUCGGAUGUUCGUUAAAAUGAAACGUUAAAUCAUGCAGUCAUCAUACCUGUAUAAAGCAAUAACAACUGUUUAACCACCUUGAAGUGUGGCCUGCACUAUAUUCUCAAUGUAAUAUUAAGCACUCAGGAGAACGUAGGAAAGAUUACCUUUGCUACAGUUUUAUUCAGUGUCUAAUAAUUUUGAUAGAUGUACUGGAUACAGUACUGGUUUACAGAGGUUUUGUACAUUUUUAAUACAUUCAUGUGUCCAAAUAUCUUCCAGUGAUACGCUGUUUUUUUUUCCUGCACCAAAUGACCUUGUUUCAUUCUCUAGAUUUUCUAGGAGCUGUGGUAUUGAGGGCUUUAUCAACUCRGAUAAAAUCUUCUGCUGUAGCACAGUUGAAGAAACUGUGUGUGUGUUUAAAACUUGUCGGAGCCUGUCUUUACAACACUACACAUGAAUGAGUACAACUGCAUAUCCUUUAAGUACUGUACCAGUGCUGGCUGGAGGUAUUCAGUCUGAGUUUAUUAAGUAGAUAUUUAUUUAGCAUUCAAAGUAAUUUGUGAAUUUGUUUUGUAUUUAUAAAAUUUGUACUUGGGGAUUAAAAAGAAAACAAAAAAAAAAAAGAGAGAGAGUUCCAUAACUUUUUUAAUUUUUUCCUGUGUUUUUGUUUAUUCUUCUCUAACUUCUUGAUGAUCAAUCAAUAAAUACCUUCCCCUCUCCCUGGCAGUUCUUCUAGCAAUGAGUAAUUUACAGGACUGUAUUAUAAGUUUCUAUGUACAACUUUCUAAGUGUACAAAUAAAAUGACACAU